GACAUUUUGCGCGUUAAAAGACUAUGUCAAAAAUCAGCUCAGCCAUGCACGUCCAAAUUGUAGCGUAAACUUGAUGUUAUUUCUGUUAGAUUAACCAGGAAAGUGUGCAAUUAGUUUACCCUAACGACGAACACCAAUUAGGCUUAACAUUGUAUAGAAAAUCAUCGUCCGUUUUAUGUGGCCAUUGUUCUUCCAAAAAGUAGAAUAUUGAAGCUGUUUUCGGGUUGUUGAGUUACAACUGCUGACUGUUGCUGCCUCGAUCGUCCGUGUUUUUUGAUUUGGACGACUCCCCCUGUGACAUGUGUGAGUGAGACGUCGUGUGCAGUAGAAAGCUUAGAGGCAUAUCGUUUGGUGUUCUCUGCUUAGCAAGUGUUCCAUGGUCCGUGCAAGAAAAGUAUACAAAACAAGAUGAGUGUCAGUGAAAUGUUAAGGGGCUUACCAAGUCAUAAUGAGAACAACUUCAGUCGCUUCCACAGUGAUGGAAGUAGAGGAUCGAGUAAAAAGCCAGCUGUGUAUCUUCCAACAAAAGAUUACCCUUCAGAUCAAGUCAUCACAACAGAGAAGACCAAUAUCCUGCUGCGAUAUCUUCAUCAACAAUGGGACAAGAAGAAUAACCAAAAGAAGCGAGACACAUCAAGCGCAAACAUGGAGUCCGACACUUCCCCCGCGCGCAAGAUACCCAGGCUAGAUUCCAAUCCCGGGAACUGCGGCUGAGUGAGGUCUUUCAUCUCUGUAUAUAUAAUAUAUUUAUAGGUAAUCUUUACAAUUAACUCUUAUUUAUGCCAUCUUGGAUUCACGUGUCCUCAAUUUAAAGAGUAUGUCUUUAGCUUCAUUCUUGAAGGGGCACGGACAAUUUUCCCCUUGGUAAGGGGCACGGACAAUUCACGUGUCCUCAAGUCCCAAGGACCUAGUAUGGCAUAACAAGCAUUGAGUUUCGUUCUUGAAGAGGUGGUAAUUUUCCCCCGAGUACAGGGGCACUUCUAUUAUGAAAAAUUGUAAUUUUUAUUGGAACUCUGCAAAAGGCACCGCGGCAAAAGCUCAGGGCACUACGCCAAUUGCUGUGGCAGGCCUGUAUGCUUCAAUUUUCUAAAGGGACAGGGCACCAAGGCAUUUUAUUAUUUUUAUCUUUGGUAGCA